AUGAGCACAAUAGGCGCUCCGCUCUCAAGUAGAAAAUCGGUUGGUUUCGCUUCAAUCGCGAGCUUGGGCGAGCUUACCGACGAGCUCAAGCUGUCAUGGGUAGCACACCUGAGCACAAAUCGAAAGCAAGCCACGAUGUCUAUAUAUAUUUCAUGCCAUCUCCAAGGUUUCUCUUUCUCCCAUACCGAUAGCUCAGUACUGAUACCGACAGCGCGAAAUUUCACUGCAGACCACAGCAGUCUCUCCGUCUACAGGAGAAGCCUGAGCCGUUCGAAAAUGCCUUUGAGGGAAGCUUCCACCAUCAAAUUGUAUAACCAAGAUACUGGCGUCAUGGAGAACGCACUUGUGAAGGAGAUCAACUUGUACAGCCGCAGGCGGUCUGGUUACAUGUACGAGCAAGGUUACCGCCGAUUUCGACGCUGCAACGCGAAUGCAGAUGAAAUGGUUCAAAAGUUCCGGGACUCGUGGAUGAAGCCAGGCGUACUGCAGCCGCUUGACAUUGCUUACUGGCAGGACGUCGCCGCCAAGGCCGGAUCUCCCUGGAGGGUACGACAAGCAUCCUCAGGACGACCCAGGGAAUCGGUCGGAGAUAACAUUGUUAAUGUCAGACCUGUGUCACGCGCGGGAAGUGUCGUGAGUUUUGCACUGGAGAGAAUUGAGGAGUCAGUGUUCGGGUGGGCGAACUUUCCGCUGCCGCAGUUGAUGGAGCUGCAGUUCUCUUGGGAUGGGGAGGGCGAGCAUGCUCCGAGGUUGGUUCCGAGGCCAUCUCCGACUCCAUCUCCCGGCCGUGGUGAAGAUCCAUCGAGGACGAUCCAUACUGCGAAGACGCCCUCUUCUACCACUCAAUUCCCGACCACAAAUCCUGAGAGCGCCACUGGGAGUCCUGACCCGAGAAUGACAACGUCGAAGUCCACAAUGACCUCGAUCAAUCUCAAUAGCUCCACACCCUCAACAUUCAGCAUAAUUCCAACUUCCUCAACUUCCUCAACACCCCUAAUCGAUCCAAGCUUUCCUCCACCGAGCAACACAUCCGACCUAGUGAACAUGCCACAAGACCUCCCAAGCGGGCUCCAAAAUGAUCCUUCCCACCCCAAUACAAGUUGCUGCAGCGAAUACGCUAUAUAUGGUGAAGCCUUCCAAGUCCAAAGAUUCCACUGGAAUCCCCAGAAUUUGAAACGUCGGAUCGAGCAUUGUGGAGCGGUGACGGGGUUUGAGUUUGGGCAAAUCAAGGGAGCACAGAGUUGCACUUCAUAA